UGGUCACACUGGUGCUGAGCGUGUGUGCGUUCGUGUACGACGAGACGAGAAAAUAUAAAAUCGUAACGUAACGAGAGGAGAGGAGAGAAAAAAACGUGUGAAAACUACAUUAAAAAUAAGGAGCGGCGCUGUCGUCCAAUUUACGUCGCCGUCUUCUUCGUCAGUGUUCGUUGUCGUUGCCUCGUUCGUCCUUCGUUUUUAUUUCGUCCUCGUACAACAACAACAUUAACCAGGAUCACCACAACACAAAGUUCCCAAAUGCUUUAAAACGAUUCGGCCACCUCUAAGGAUAAAAAAGACAAGCAGCGAAUCAAGAACCGAAAACACCAAAUAAAAAGAAACCCAAAAAGCAAAAAAAACAAGUGAAAGGAGGCUCGCAAAUUUUUUUUACAAAUUUGCAAUUACAUUUUAAGCACGAAAAGAAGAAGUAGAAGAGGAGCAUUGGUGUGAGUGUGUGUGUGGAGAGACCUUCGGCGAGCCUCUCGCUUUUUUCCCGGAGAAACGCACUGUUGUCGGACAUUAUUUGUCGUGAGUGGAAGAACCCCUCUUGGAAUGGCUCUCUUGGAAGGGCGGCAGGACAUUAGGGAGCAUCAGCAGCAGGAUCAGCAGUAAAUAACCAAGCUCAAAGGAGACUAUAUAGGGAGGAUCAGGAAUAAGGCAACAUCAGGAAACAGGAAAGACAGAUCAGCCAAAAAAUAAAUCCGUUGAAUUGGAAGACAAACACAUUUUAUCCCAGAGAAUCGCGAACGGAAAGGAUCAUGACUACUUUGGAGGAGCCUGUCCAGGCGGUGGACACGGUGGAUCCGUGUCCCCCGGGGAUUCCCAGUCUGAAAAGCGUUCUCAGCGACGAUGCCUCGAACUCAUCGGUGCUGGAGGACAUCGACGUGAGCAACACGAGCAGCAGCAGCUCGAGUUCCAGCAGCUCGAGCUCCAGCUCUGGAUCUUGCUCGGGUUCGGCCACGGAUACGGACACUGGCAAGGGCAGCAGCACUGUCGGCAGUCUGGAUGUGACCAGCUCCUCGAGCAUCGGAUCGGCGGCUUCCAUCUCGUCGACGGGCUCCACCGCCAUUGCCGGACCAUCCAUUCUGCUGGACGACUCAAACUCAUCCGGAUUGGGACUGGUGGUGGACGUGGACAGUACCGGGAGCAGCCAAGAGCUGAGCAGCCACGGUGUCACCGAGCUGGACUCGCUGGAGGACUCGUGCAACGGCCUAAUGAUCAAGGACGGAGAUAAGCUAUGCAAGCUGUGCAGCUCGCGCCUUGUGAUGCCGCGUAUCCUGUCCUGCCUGCACGUAUUCUGCGAGGACUGCCUGCAGGCCCUGGUGUCAAAGGACUCGAUGGCGGCCAGUUCGCCGAACAGCUGCUCAUCGUCCUCGUUCGACGGCAGCGAGAGGGAGAACCAGCAUCGUCUGCCCGCUCUGCUCCUCGAGUGCCCCGUUUGCAAGCAGGAAACGCCAUUGGGACCCAAGGGCGUAAAGGGUCUGACCUGCGACUAUAUCGUGACCAAUAUACUGGAUCUCUCCAAUUUGGAGUCCGAGCACAUUGUGUGCACCUCAUGCAAGAGCAAGGAGGAGGCCAUUUCGAGGUGCAACGAUUGUGCCAACUUCCUGUGUAAUGGCUGCGAUAAUGCCCACAAGUAUAUGCGCUGCUUCGAGAACCACCAUGUGGUGCGGAUCGAGGAUCUAACGAAGAACGUCCACGACAAGCUGAUCAUCCACAAGCCGGUCUGCUGCCGGCAGCAUGUGAGCGAGAAUCUCAAGUACUACUGCUUCACCUGCCAGGUGCCCACCUGCAAUGAUUGUCUGCUGAGCGAGCACAAGGGCAACGACCAUCACUAUGAGACGGCCACGGUGGCGGAGCAGGCGGUACGCGCCGAUCUCGAACAGACCCUGAUCGAGACGCUGAAGAAGGCGGACUACUGCAACGAUGCGGGCGGCAAUCUGGGCAGUGCCCUCACGGAGCUCCAGUCGCAGCACGAUACGGUGCGGCAGCAAAUCGAGGAUGCCUACAAGAGCUACAAGCGCGUGCUGGAAUCGAUCAAGGAGCAGCUGCUCAACGAGCUGGGUCGCCUGCACUCGGACCGCGAGCUGAAGAUCAUGGAUCUGAUGCAGAGUCUCGAGAACAAUAUGGGCAAACUGCAGCAGGCCUCGCAAUUUGGCCAACGGGCCAUCGAAAAGGCCAAUGCCGUGGAGUUUCUGCUGCUCAAGCCCGUCAUCAAUGCCCAGUGUUUGAAUCUCAUGGAGCAGACGCCCAACUGCGAUGUCAACUAUCAGCUGCAGUUUGAAUCGAAGCCAGAGAAGUUUGAGCAAUUUGCCAGGGAGAUGUUUGGCAAAUUUCAAACGGAUCAAAGUGACUCGAGCCCCAAGAAGCAAUCGAUGGCACAGCAGCAGCAACAGCAGCAGCAGCAGCAGCAGCAAGUGCAGCAUCAGCAGCAGCAGCAGCACCAAGUGCAGCAGCAGCUGCAGCAGCAGCAGCAGCAGCAACAAGCGCAGCAGCACCAACAGCAACAGUUGCAAAUGCAGCAACAGCAACAGCAGCAGCAACAACAUAGCUCAACCAAUUUGAUUGUGGGACAUCGGGGUAGCUCCUCUGUCCAAGGCCGCCUGAGCUCGGCUGUAUUUAGCCCCAUCUCGCUGCCCUCCUCGCUGCAGAGUUCCUUCGAUGGCGACACCAACGCGGUGAUGACCAAUUUUACCAUGAUGGACUCACCCCCGCAGCCAUCCACGCAGCAGCAAUUGCCAUCGGCCCAGCAGCAGCAGUCUCAGCAGCAACAGGCGGUGGUGCUGCAGCAAGUGCAACAACAGCAGAAGCACCAGCAACACCAACAACAGCAGCAGCAGCAGCAGCAGCAGCAACAGCAACAACAGGUGCUGCACCAGCAGCAACCCUCGACCCAAUCCUUGCCGCAGCAGAUGGCCCAGCUUGUAGCUCCGCAGGGCAUUGUCCAGCAGGCUGGACAUGUCAAUCUCAAUGCUGUCCCCGGCCCGAAUAUAUCCAUCAAUGGCCUCGGCGCCGGCGGUCCGCCGCCCAGCUUCAGCAUGCUGGAGUACAAUAUCUCGCGACUGGCCAGCUUGACGGAGUCAAUGCCGGACACCCUCAACGAUGCCAUGGCCGUCGGAGGAGGUGCAGCCGGACCUGGUCCGAAUGUUGCCCAAGUACCAGGGGGUUCAGCCGUGACCGGUGGAGCCGUCGUUGGAGUAGGAGCCUCGCAUUCCCAUCAGCAGCAGCAGCAGCAGGCCGUGAUGCCCGCAUCGGCGGUGACUCCCACGCAGCCAAUCACUCUGGCGGACAUCCUCUCGGGCGACCAGCGGGCGCUCAACAACCUCCAGGCGCUGGCCAAGCUGGGACUCAACAACAAUGAUGAUGAUCUUUUGUUGAACGGAUCCUCAACGGGCAUUGAUUUUUUGGCAGAUUUCUGCAUGCCACCGGCCACCUCGCCCAGCCUGCAGUCCCUCAAUCCGAUCGUGGGUGGCGUGGAGGACAUGGGACUCAAUAACUUCCAUGCUGUGGCUGCGCCGGGCACCACCAGUGUGGUCACGGGCCGGAACAAGGCCACUCCCAUGCAGAUCCGCUGCAAAUUCGGUUCGUUGGGCACGGCCAAGGGCCAGUUCAAUUCACCCCACGGAUUCUGCCUGGGCGUCGACGAGGAGAUCAUCGUGGCGGACACGAACAACCAUCGCAUCGAGGUCUUCGACAAGAUGGGCGCCCUGAAGUUCCAGUUCGGAGUCGCCGGCAAGGAGGAGGGCCAGCUCUGGUAUCCCCGCAAGGUGGCCGUCAUGCAUAACAAUGGCAAGUUUGUGGUUUGCGAUCGUGGCAACGAACGAUCCCGCAUGCAGAUCUUCUCCAAAUGCGGACACUUCAUGCGCAAGAUUGCCAUCAGAUACAUCGAUAUCGUAGCGGGAUUGGCUGUCACGGCCAAGGGGCACAUCGUGGCCGUGGAUAGCGUCUCGCCCACCGUGUUUGUGAUCUCCGAGGAGGGUGAAUUGGUCCGCUGGUUCGACUGCAGCGACUAUAUGCGCGAGCCCUCCGACAUCGCCAUACGAGACAACGACUUUUACGUAUGCGACUUCAAGGGCCAUUGCGUGGCCGUUUUCCAGGACGACGGCACAUUCCUCUAUCGCAUUGGCAACGAGAAGGUCACCUGCUUCCCCAAUGGCAUCGAUAUUUCGAAUGCCGGGGACGUGCUCAUCGGCGACUCGCACGGCAAUCGCUUCCACGUGGCCUGCUACUCACGUGAGGGCACCCUUCAGUCUGAGUUCGAGUGUCCCCAUGUCAAGGUUUCCCGCUGCUGCGGUCUGAAAAUCACAUCCGAGGGCUAUGUGGUUACGCUGGCCAAGAACAACCAUCAUGUUCUAGUUCUGAACACCCUCUAUGUUCACUGAUUGCAAAUCAA